AUGAUCGGGCCGACUCUGCUCAUCACUCUCCCCCCCCCCAGCCUGGCUGAACGACCUGAGCCCGCCAAAUGUCAAUUGUUGUCAACCGCUCGUAUUGGAACAUCCUUGAUCUAUCUAUCUAUCUAUCUAUCUAUCUAUCUAUCUAUCUAUCUAUCUAUCUAUCUAUCUAGUCAUGUUAUGUAUAUAUGUAUCUAUUUUCUCUCUCUCACACUCUCUCUAUCUAUCUAUUUAGUCUAUUGUUAUGUAUGUAUGUGUCUAUCUAUCUAUCUAUCUAUCUAUCUAUCUAUCUAUCUAUCUAUCUAUCUAGUCAUGUUAUGUAUAUAUGUAUCUAUUUUUUCUCUCUCUCUCUCACUCUCUAUCUAUCUAUCAUGUAUAUAUGUAUCUAUUUUUCUCUCUCUCUCACUCUCUAUCUAUCUAUCUAGUCAUAUUGUUAUAUAUGCAUCUAUCUAUCUAUCUAUCUAUCUAUCUAUCUAUCUAUCUAUCUUUUCAUGGCUAUGUUACGGCUUAUUUAUGUAG